AUACGAAAUCUUCGCUCUCCUCCUUUCUGUUUCUGCGACCAAGGGGAAGAAGGAAGGAGGAAGGAGGAAGAAGAAGACGGUUGGGGCGGAAAAAGCAUCGGGAAGAAUAAUAAGGGAAAGGUAAAGAGGGAGAGAGGAGGGUUGGAUUCUGAUUUAUCGAUCGGCGAUGGUGGAUGGAAUGAGUUUCUCGGGGAUGGGGAAUCUGUACGUGCAGGCGGUGCCGCCGCCCGAUCUGAACAAGAAUACGGAGUGGUUUAUGUACCCUGGCGUCUGGACCACCUACAUCCUCAUCCUUUUCUUCUCCUGGCUUAUCGUCCUCUCGGUCUUCGGCUGCUCCCCAGGCAUGGCCUGGACCAUCGUUAAUCUCUGUCAUUUCCUCGUCACUUAUCAAUUUUUCCAUUGGAAAAAAGGCACGCCAUUUGCUGAAGAUCAAGGCAUAUAUAACGCGCUAACAUGGUGGGAGCAGAUUGAUAAUGGGAAACAGCUUACCCGCAACAGGAAGUUUCUGACUGUUGUUCCUGUUGUGUUGUACCUGAUUGCCUCACACACAACAGAUUACCGUAAUCCAUGGCUUUUUCUCAACACAGUUGCAGUGGCGAUACUUGUCAUUGCUAAAUUCCCAAACAUGCACAAGGUCCGUUUAUUUGGAAUCAAUGGAGAUAAAUGAGCAAACAGGAAAAGUGUUAAAUUCUUGCCUACUCUCCUUAUCUUAAAACGGUCAAUUCCUGUACAGAAUCUUGACAUAUGUUAAGCUCUUGGCUGCUGUAUCCGUUUCAGUAUGGGAUGAAAAUAUGGAUAGAGAGUGCAUUGCAUCUGCCUUUGUACAUUUUCUUUUGUAGGAUUAAUAACGCAAUUAUUGCUAUUAUUUGUUA